AUGGCAACGAAAUUGGAUAAAAUGCUGGCUGAGUGUAUGGUGAAACGCAAAGCAAUUUUCAUCACGCGUGCACAGGUGGAGAAAUUCGUGGCAAAGUUUGAUGCAGCGAAGGAUACAUGCCAAAUUCCCGUACGUCUGGAGACCUUGGAUCGGAUAUACAAGGAAUUCCUCGAAGUUCAAUCCGACAUCGAAUGCUACGACAAGCCGGAAACACUGGACAUCCAUUUCGGUGAACGAGCAGAUUUUGAGACCCGAUACUGCGAAGCGAAGGGAUUUCUACUGUCGAAGCGGUCAACUGAGCAAAACCAAACGCUGAUGAACAGCACAAUGCACUCUGACCAUCAAUUCCAUGCAGCUUUCCACCUCCGAUUACCCAAGAUCGAUCUCCCUAAAUUCAACGGUGACUUUUCUCGUUGGUUAUCUUUUCGAGAUACGUUCACUUCAAUGGUGCAUUCUAAUGCGGACAUCCCAACGGAAUUACACAACCUUGUGGACGACUACCAGCGUCAUGUCAAGGCCCUAGGAAAGCUGAAUGAGCCAAUUCAGUAUUGGGACACACCUCUAAUCAACCUCCUAUCCUACAAGCUAGAUCCUACAACGCUACGAGCUUGGGAAGAGUCAACCAGCAGCGAAGACAAUGUUUCCUAUGAGAGGAUGGUAGACUUUCUCUAUCAACGAGCUCGAAUGCUGAAAUCCGUCGUCACAGAUCUGCAGCAACGUUCACAACAACCGAUAUCGGCCAAGGUGGCCGGUUCAAUACCUUUCCCGAAGAAGCCAUUCAAGAUGGCAGCUAACACUGUUGUGUCCAAGCCGUACAGUAGUGGACCACAGUGUAUCGCAUGUUCAGAGAAGCAUUUCCUUUUCCUAUGUCCAGUAUUCGCAAAGAUGUCUGUCGCGCAGAGACGCGAACUGGUUUCCCAGAAGCACCUAUGCUGGAAUUGCUUCAAAUCUGGACACUUAGCAAGGAGCUGCACAUCGAAGUUUACGUGUCGGACCUGCCAUGACAAGCACCAUUCUCUGUUGCACCAAGAAGCACUUCUCAAGAUAUCGUCCACCCCAGCAAUUUCGCCACAGCAGCCAAUCCAACAACCAUCCACGUCCACGGCAGUGGAACCGGCAAGACAUCCCAACCAAAACCCCCAAGUGAGUCUGUCGGUCCAGUCGAGCCGCAGCACAGUGCUGCUAGAAACGGUUGACCUUUUGGUCCUCGACCAGAAUGGUAAAAAGCAUUCCGCCCGAGCACUACUAGACUCGGCAUCCAUGUGCAACUUCAUGACGAAGAAGCUUGUCAACUUUCUCAAUAUUCGUCGCAAAACAGUCAACAUCGCUGUAACUGGCGCUGUAAUUGGAGAAUCCAAGAAGCAGAUCAAGUUCAAACUGACUGCUACCAUCCAGUCCAAGUUCGCUCCGUUCAGUACAGCACUCGAGUUUCUAACCCUGAAGAAACCCACGAUUAAUCUGCCAACCAUCCCAGUCGACAUAUCCCAGUGGAAGCUCCCCGAAGUGUCGUUGGCAGAUCCCAAAUUCCACAUCCCUGCAGGCAUCGACAUGAUUGUCGGUGGCGAAGCCUACCAUGAGCUACACACAGGUGGUAAAGUUCCUCUUGGUGAAGGUCUUCCAACGUUGAUCGAGACAGUAUUCGGGUGGACCGUUUCUGGGAAAGUUUCUAUCAAAUCCGCAAACGUUCCGCAUGUUUGUCACCUCACCACUGUCGAUCGAAACCUAGAACAAGCGCUACAACGGUUCUGGGAGCUGGAGGCCAUCGAUUCCAAUCCAGUGUUAUCCACAGAAGAAACCUAUUGUGAAGAAUUUUAUUCCGCUACCACCACUCGCGAUUCGUCCGGUCGUUAUCUCGUUCGCUUGCCACUUACCCGUGAUCCGCUCGUCACCCUCGGUACAUCCCGCCUAAUUGCCGAGCGCCGUUUCUUAAACCUGGAGAAGAGACUUGAGCGUGAUCCACCCACCAAGGAUGCAUACUGCAGCUUCAUGGAUGAGUAUGAGCGCCUUGCUCAUAUGCGGAGAUUCGACGAUCCAGCAGACACUAUUCCGCACUGUUAUCUUCCGCAUCACCCAGUGUUUAAAGCUUCGAGUACAUCCACCAAGGUCCGUGUUGUAUUCGACGCUUCGUGUAAGACCACGUCUGGUUUUUCGGUAAACGACAUGCAGCUAGUUGGACCAGUCGUUCAAGAGGAUCUGCUGUCGAUAGUCAUGCGUUUCCGCACCCACCAAAUCGCCAUCGUAGCCGACUGUGAGAAGAUGUAUCGGCAAGUUUUGCUACACCAAGAAGAUCGUCCAUUCCAAAGAAUUCUCUGGCGCUCCAGUCCAUAUCAGCCGCUCGCAACAUACGAGCUUCAAACCGUUACGUACGAAAAAGUACUGGCUGUCGAGGCUGUAAAACAGGAUUUCUACGUGGAUGAUUUCCUGUCCGGCGCAGAUGACCUCCCAUCCGCAAUCCGCUUACGCAAGCAAGUUUACGCUAUGCUCUCAGUGGCAGGGUUUCCGUUGAAGAAAUGGGCAUCCAACGUCCCUGAAGCUUUGGCAGAUGUUUCUGAAGAAGACCAUGCCAUUGAACUGUUUCACGACCUGCAAAACGAGCAAUCCGUUUCCGUUCUCGGAUUAGUGUGGGAGCUAGAGUCCGACUUUCCACGCUUCAAGGUGCAGCUUCCGUUACCAGUAGCUGUUCUUACCAAGUUGUUUAUGUGA